GGAGAGAAUCUCAAGCAGAUCCACACCCUGCUGAGCGUGGAGCCAGACACAGGGCUCGAUCCCGCCACCCAUGAGACCUUGACCUGAGCUGAGCUGCCCAGGCGCCCCUGCAAGGUCCCUUCUGCCAUGAAAGGCAACAUAUGCACAGGUCCCAGGGAUUGGAACAUUGGACAUCUUUGAGGAGGGGCAUUAUUCAGGCUGCCGUAACAGCUGUCCCUGAUAGUCAGAGGCCGCUGUGGCCGGUGGUAUAUUAAUAACAACUGAUGUUUACUGAACAUUUACUCUGGGCCAGGGACCAUUCUGAGCACAUUCUCCCAACACUCUGAGGUGGGUGCCACUGUUAUUACCCUCACUGAACAGGGGAGGCGCUGAGAGAUUAAAUAACUUGGCACAUGGCAGAGCUGGGAUUUGAACCCAGGCACUCUGGCUCCCCCGUGUGCAUCCUCCUAACCUUGGGGCCUCACCUCCAGGAUCCCAGCCCACAGCCUGGGAGAGGCCGGGCAGGGUCUGAAGCCCAACACAGAGGGAGAAUUUUCACUGAGAUUUUCUGGGCGAGGCUCCAUCUGGGUCACAAAUUCUCUGCCAGUCCCCUCCCGUGUCAGCCCUUCGUCGACCCCAUUAGAGGCACCUAAGCCUAUCCCGGGGAGCAGCAGGGAGCUUCCAGUGGUUCUUGUUAGGGGCUCCAGACAGGUGAGCUCGGAAGAGCUCCUGGAUGCCACCUACCAGUCAGAUUCACCUCUGCCCUGCCCCCACACUCACACCCCAAUCAUAUGAUCCCCACAGGAAAACAAAGAAACAAACCAAAGAAAGUAAACCACAUUUCCCUAGCUCGCCAUAAUGAAGAAGCCUGCCUGCAUACCCGAGCCAGAGGGGAACACACAAGCCUUCCACAGGCACUGGAUGGAGAGGGGUGCCCUAACACCUAUUGAGGAGGCAGUGGGGCAGGCAUAUUUCUAAGAGUUUUUAUACUCAUUGACUGCAACAACCCUGUGAGGUACUGUUAUUAUCCCCAUUUUACAGAUAAGGGAACUGGGGCAGAGAGCAGUCAUGUAACUUUCCGAGGUCACGCAGCCAGUAUGGAGAGCCACGAUUUGAUCCAUUCUCCAUAAGCAGGCGAACCAAGGGCAGAGACUGGUCAGGGCUGGUUGAGCAGUCGCAGCCUGACCCACUCUACGUCAGUCAGCCUAGCCCCCUUUUGUGCCUUCCCAGCAUAACCUGCUCUCUUUGCACCUGCUAGGCUGGGCCCCUGGUUUCUAGGUCAAUGGAUUUCUUGAGAGCACUUUUAUAUUUCAUGCUUACAGCGAUCUUCAUUAUUACACCCAUAUUUAAAGGAGGAAACACAGGCUGCAGGGAGGCUGAAACACUUGGCAGAGCACUCCCAACCAGAAAGCAACAGGUUUGGGAUUUGAACCCAGACCUUCAGAUGCUACCCCCUCUCCAAACUGCCUGAGCUUGAGCAAGCCUCGCCUGAAGGCCUCUUCCAGAAGUCUGCAGCCCAGCCAGGCACGCAACAGGGUUUCCCCAGCGUGCCAGAUGUAUGUGCUCACACUUCGUCUGGACUUGCACUCCCUCUCCACCAGACUCAAGAGUUUCCUGCCUUCGGGUGGCCACAUUAGUCACACUCUGUCUGAGAGCCCAAGGAUUAUCUGAGUGGGAGCGGAAACAGCAGUUGUGUUCAUCAGGUCACUCUGAUUAAUCAGUUCAGGCCCAAACCUGCUGGAGUGUGGUUGAUGCCAGGGAAAGAGAAUUCUCAGAAAAACCAUCUUCUUGCUGCUUGAAACUGUCCAGGGACGAGCUUGACUCUGCAGUGGCAAGCAUUUCUCAAAAAGAAAGUCAGACACACCAAAAUGAGCAGCUAGGGGGCUCACAGCGACAGGAAGCACAGGGCCAGGGAGUCUGCAAGAGGCAGAGGAAGCAGAGGCUCAUUCUGUUAUUCAGGGGGCUAAAGACAGAUUUCCUCUGAGGCUGGCCAGCUGUGCUAAGUGGAAGAAGGAACUGGAAAAAACAGUAAUUUUUUUUUAAAGUAGAUAAUCUGUGCACAUUCUAAGCUAUGCGCAUAUUCUUCCAUUAGUGCGAGUUUACAGUGAAGACGCCUCUGGUCCAGUCAGAGCCUUGGCAGGAAGAAGAGGCACCGUCAGGCAGGGUGACCAAGGAGAGGUUAACCCAGGCAUGGUUUUUCAAAGGUGUGGGUACCCGGGCCCAGCUUCUCGGGGGAGCUGUCCCUACCCCAGGCUGGAGGAAGAAGAGGGAGGAGCCACACAGGACAAGGGCUCCAGCUGCAGCUAAAGGCAGGCAGCCAGCCUGGCAGGUGAGGGAUACUCCCUCCUCACUCUCCUGCUGCCCUCUGAUCGCAGUUGGUGCCUCCCAUUGGCCAAACCCAACAGAAGCCUCCCAUUGGCCAAACCCAACAGAAGCCUCCCAUUGGCCAAACCCAACAGAAGCCUCCCAUUGGCCAAACCCAACAGAAGCCAGAGGGCAAGGGAGGCCAGUGAUCCAAUCCAUGGAGUUAGGACAGAGACAGGCAGAGAGUGGAUGUGGAUGGGCUGAUAAAAAGUCCUCGGCACACUUCUGGCCCUGGUAUGACAAUCUCUUUCCUCCAUCCCCUCUACUGCCAUUUCUGAGCACCUACGGGCCUUCCCUAACCAGACACUGGGAAAAUGCAAAGGCCAAGACCGAAAAACCCAGGGGAGGCUGGAAAAGAAGCAAUGGACGUCAAUGUCACUUAUGCCAGGGGCUUAGCCACCACGGAGGAGGCCCAGCUUUUGAUACAGCUGGAGCCACACCCGGCGAACAAGAUGGCUGCAGAGAGACGGGCCCAUUCCCUGAGCCCGUGAGGGUCGAGGCGCCCUGAGGCCCAAAGAUGGGGAACGUCACUGCGGAGAACGGCUCACUGUGCGCCAUCGACCACACCAUCCACCAGACUCUGGCCCCGGUGGUCUACAUCGUGGUGCUGGUGGUGGGCUUCCCGGCCAACUGCCUGUCCCUCUACUUCGGCUACCUGCAGAUCAAGGCCCGGAACGAGUUGGGCGUGUACCUGUGCAACCUGACCAUGGCCGACCUCUUCUACAUCUGCUCGCUGCCCUUCUGGCUGCAGUACGUGCUGCAGCACGACCACUGGUCGCACGGGGACCUGUCCUGCCAGGUGUGCGGCAUCCUUCUCUACGAGAACAUCUACAUCAGCGUGGGCUUCCUCUGCUGCAUCUCCAUUGACCGCUACCUGGCCGUGGCCCACCCCUUCCGCUUCCACCAGUUCCGCACGCUCAAGGCGGCCGUGGCCAUCAGCGCGCUCGUCUGGACCAAGGAGCUGCUGAGCAGCGUCUACUUCCUCAUGCACAAGGAGGUGGUGGAGGACAAGGACCGGCACCGCGUCUGCUUCGAGCACUACCCCCUGGAGCCAUCGCAGCGGGGCAUCAACUACUACCGCUUCCUCGUGGGCUUCCUCUUCCCGCUCUGCCUGCUGCUGGCCUCCUACCGGGGCAUCCUGCGGGCCGUGUGCCGGAGCCACGGCACCCAGAAGAGCCGCAAGGACCAGAUCCAGCGGCUCGUGCUCAGCACCGUGGUCAUCUUCCUGGCCUGCUUCCUGCCCUACCACGCUCUGCUGCUCGUGCGCAGCCUCUGGGAGGCCAGCUGCCAGUUCGCCAAGGCCGUCUUCAACGCCUACCACUUCUCCCUGCUCCUCACCAGCUUCAACUGCGUGGCCGACCCCGUGCUGUACUGCUUCGUCAGCGAGUCCACGCACCGGGACCUGGGCCGCCUCCGGGGGGCCUGCCUGGCCUUCCUCAGCUGCGCGGGCCCCGGCCGCGCCCGGGAGGCCUACCCGCUGGGUGCCGCCCAGGCCUCGGGGAAAAGCGACGAGCCCGAGCUGUUGGCCAGGCUCCACUCGACCUUCCAGACCCCGAACUCGCCCGGAGCCGGGGGAUCCACCGCGGGUGGCUUGGCCUAGCCGGGCUCUCGCCGUGGGGGGCCGGGUGAGGCCCGAGCUCGCUGUCCGGGCUGCCGCCGCCGGCCUCCCGGCUCUGCCACGGGCAGGUGCCUCCUUCUGCCGGAGGGAACCAGGGGCCGCGCCCCGCGGCAGGACCCCUCUGGUCCCGGGGAGCCCGCUCCAGCUUGCUGGGCCCAGCCGGGGAGGGGGCCCCAUCGGCUCCUGGGUGUUGUCUGUGUGGGUGGGGCUUCUGGGGAGGGGAAGACGGCCAACUGACACCUCCACGGGGUUCUCGAAGGGAAGCUGCGGGGGCGGGGGG